GUUCUCAUUUUAUUCAUCCAACCAGGCUGCUGCUAUAAUGAUAAAAUUAUAGUUUAAUUAUAUCAUUGAAAACCUUAACAGUUGCCAAAUAAUGUGUAUCAUCCUCACUCUGAUUUACACAACCGUAUAAUAUAGUGUAAUAUAAUCGACAGCUCACACAAUGGAACUCUUGGAAACUAUUUAUCGAAAUAUAAGAUUACAGCUCGCAAAUUUACCGGCAAAUAUUCCAAAAACAUUUGAAUCCGUUAAUAAAGCUGUAAAUAAAUUAAGGGUUCCACCGUUUACUAAAGAAAAUGUAUUGUACUACUAUUUACCAAUGCAAGGUCUCGUUAGUUACACAACUUUAUCAGUGAGUGUAAUGAAUCCUCAUUUAAUGGUCAGAUUAUUUCCUCGCCGAGAUAUUACGGACGUAUUAUUUUUGUCAGCGGGUGGAGGAGCAGGACUAUGGCUGUGGGCACGUCCACACAUGGCUGCUGCAGCGCCUACUAGGCGGUUCUCAUGGGCUUUUCUUGGAGGAUGUCUCUGGCCUUUAGGAUCAAUAUUUUUAUGGGCAAUCUUGAGAAGUUCAAUAGGUCAGCGUCCUAUUCUUGGUACAGUACUAGGUAUCACUACUGGUGCAAUGCUCACAAAUAUUGCCCUCGAUUAUUUCCAUUAUGUAGAACUUAUGUUUUGUGGUGAGGUUCAUUUACCAGAAGAAACAUAUUCACCUAAUAGUGAUGAUGAAAAAUAUGAUAUUGAUAUUUAAAGUUUAGUACUAACAUUUUUAGCUUUGCUUUAUAUUGUAAAUAAUGGACAUGAAUUAAGUGUAAUUUAGGAAGAUAUUGGAUUAUUUGGUAGAAGUUAAGGUUUUUGGUUUAUACAGCAUAAUAUUUGAAAUAUUAAGUACCUUAUUUAAGUAAAGUAAUCAUAAUCUUGUCUUUACACACUUAAGUGUUGUUAUUAAAUUAUCCAUGUACUGCUUUGUCU